AGUCUGUGUUUCGAUAGAGCAAGAACAUGACCGCGUCCAGGUUAAUUUACUUUUUAUUCAUUGUCCCGGUGGCUCUUUUCCACGAACUACAAAAUGAAAAUGUUGAAAACGGUGUAGUCAAAAGGGCCAUCAACUCGCUGUGCCAAACCACGGAAAACUGCACUGUCGAAAAUUCGGAGUGCAUCGAAGACGUCUGCAAGUGCCGGAAUGGCUUUAUCAUCGAUGGGUCGCUCUCUAAGUGUUUAAGAGUGGCCACCGGCUAUAACGAAGAGUGUGCAGAAAGCGUUCAGUGCUCGCGAUUUCUAUCGGUUGGUGGAAGCUGCGAAAACGGUGUUUGUGUUUGCGUCGUUGGAUAUCAUUAUUUGCACGGCUUUUGCCACUUAUCGAAAGGAUUGAAUGAUUCUUGCCAAGAGGAUGACGAUUGCUUCGUGGGGACCGAUUAUGCAGCAGCUUCUUGCGUGGAUGGCGUUUGCAAGUGCAGUAAUGGAUUUUAUCAGCGAGAGAACAACACAUGCCGACGGAAAGCUCUCGAGGUUGGAGGCGAUUGCAUUGUAGACUCGGACUGUGUCUUCGAUGAAAAAGCAAAAUGCGUAUCCGAUAAGUGCGUUUUGGAAGAAAUCAGCGAAGGGCAGCCUGACAGUAUUGUGUUCGAUGAUAUUUUCGAAGACGACGAAGGAAGUGGACCAUCAGAGCCAACGAUAACAGUCGGCAGCGGUUGCGAGAUUGACGAGAAUUGCGAGCCUAUAACCAAUUCUUACUGCAGCCUGGAGAAAAAAUGUACGUGCAAUCGAGCGUAUUUUCCAUCCGAGGAUUUGGCCCACUGCAUUCCAGAAAUUGGCGAAAGUUGCGAAGAAACUGAGACAGCUAUGAUGGAGAAAACUGUGUGUAAAGAUGGACUCUGGACUUGCGAUUACAUCUACGUUGGCGUGAAGAGCAAUCAGCUUUGCCGUAAAAUGCUUCGGACAAUCGGCAGCAAAUGCAUCUACCCCGAGCAGUGUCAGCUGUUCGGUCCACGAGUUAAAUGCGUGAACGAAGCGUGCGUUUGCGAUGAAACGUCUCACUGGCUCGAGUCCGAGAGCUUUUGUUGGCUAAGCAAAAAGAUAGAAGAGUUCUGCGAGUCCGACAACGACUGCGACCAGCCCGAGGGUAGUCCCAAAGUUCUGUGCAAGAGCAACGGGGGCGAGAAAAAGUUCUGCACUUGUCCCGAGGCAACCCACGUUAGCGUGGACAAGGCAUACUGCGUUAAGGAUGCACCAGAAUUGGAAAGUUAUUGCCAAAGCCAUGAAGAUUGUGGCAGCCUUGCCAAUGUCUUAUGCUCCGACGGGAAAUGUAAAUGCAAAGAAAAUUAUUUCGUGUCUGAAGGAACGUGUUUGGCAGGACUAGAUGCAACUUGUGAAACUGCGAACGACUGCAAACAAGCCAAUACUGUAUGCCAAAAUGGAACCAACAUCUGCCAAUGCUCAGAAAACUAUGUGGCAAAUCCCAAAAACGAGUGCGUUAUGAAAUCAUCGUACCAGGAGCAAUGCAACUACGAUGUGCAAUGCUCGUCGGUCGUCCCUAACACGUACUGCCAUUUCGAAAGCGAGUCAAAGGAAAACUCGCUGGAAAAUUCAGAGGCAGAAGAUAAACAUGGACGUUGCCAAUGUCUCGACGCGCAUUUCCACAACAUGAACUCGUGUUUUAUGAAAAGGAAUAUGGGCGAGGAGUGCAGUAGAGUAGGCGAAUGCUUCGCACAAGAUUCUAAAGCAGUUUGCCGCAACGGGAUAUGCUCGUGCGAGUUCGGUUUUGUACUGAAGGGAAAGCAAUGCGUGAAAGUAAACAGUGCGCCAUCAGUAAUGAACGUGCAGACGUGGCUACUUCUGCCUUCGGCCGCAUUUUUCGCAUUGAAAGCUUUACGAUAAGCGUGAUUUAACCGGAUGAUCGUAUAGUCGCUUCGAUUUACUCAGCAGUCCAACCCAGAGCUUUUUAAUAAAACAAAAAGCUCGCGUUGCACCUAUCGAAAGGUUCUCUCGUGCAUCAUUUACCAGACGUGCCCUCAAUCCGUCGGCUGAUCGGUUCAUUCUUUAAUCGCGAUUGUUACAUUAUGCUCUGCUCGGUAGUGAUUGGGGAAUGUUUGCUUAUGGCAACUACUUGAUUAUGCGAUGUUGGAAUAACCAAUCGACGCGUAAUGUUUUUCUUUUGUUUCCGCGAAUUUUAUGCAACAAGAAAUUAAAACAUCAACGUCAGAAUUUUCAACAUAAAGUCAAACACAUUUCAAAAGUUGUUAUACACACAUUACUACAGCCUAUACUAUACACGAUAAACGUUUACUUUUGCAAUCAAUAUAUUAGAAUAAUACUCUAAGAUUAAUAUCGGUUAUCAUUCAAAUCCUAAAAAAGCAAAACGACUCCAACCUAGUAUUCGAACCUACCUAUUCAAAAACCGUUUCGUCAGUCUUAUCGCCACCGAUCCAUCCAUUAUACCAUCCCUUUCUCGCUCAUCUUCCGAAAAGCCUGCAAUCAGCUUACAGUAAAAAUCCAAACUCCCGAUCGAUAGUCUGCCUUACAACCGCACAGGAGGUGAAAAAAGAGAGAAUACUAUAACAUAGCUCGCAGAAAAGAAAUCCUGCCACCUAUACACCCGCAGCAAACGUCCAUCAAGAUAAGCGACAACGCACGCGAUCAGCAAUGACGUUGUCGUGGCCGUUUUUCGCACCCGCAUAGUGACGUCAUGCUGGUCUCUAUAGACGCGCGCAAAAGAGUGGUAACAAUAGCGAAGGGGUCAAGGUGAUUUUUCGAGGUAAGAACACGUGAACAUCGCAGAGGACUGGACGAUCGAAUUUUUCGUGGCCGAGUCUCGGAGAAUGUUUGGGUUGGCGACGUAGGCAGUCGAUCGAUCUGUCGUGCGUGCUGACCAGAAUGUGUGUGAAAAAGAGAGCGAAUUAGCUCUUUUUAUGUGGCGCAGAAAAAGAAGCUUCGAUGGAUUGGUUGAGCUUUUCAAGGGGAUAAAGUCAAGUUUCGCGUGCACAUUUUUUAGCUUACAGUGAUUACGCGGACUUCUCGAAUGCCGAUAAUGAAUGUUGUAGACGAUGUUUGAAUAUCAGAUUUGAGAAUUGGAUAAGUUUUUGUAAAUCAUGAAGUAAAAUGUUAUUGGAUAUCAUGUUGCUGGGGCGAAUUGUCGCGUGAUAAUUAAAAAUAAAUAACGUCCCCCACUUCUGCAAUAUGUCAAGUUCAAUUAAACUUACGAAAACUAA